AUGAGUCGGCUCGAAGAGAUCAUCCUUUUGGCGCACUGCCCCACUACAACGUCGCCUCAGCCUCGCCUGGAGCACCAGGAAGGCGAGUUCCAGCCGCCAAUAACAUCAUCCCCUCUUGAGACCAGCGAGGGACUCGAACGGCCCGAACCCAGAGCCACUGGACUGCAGGUCACCUCGGCCGGACUUCAUGCCGCCUUUGCUCAACUCUGCAGCCUGCAGAAGGCCAGCCUGACUGGUCUCUUCUCGGGAUUCCUGGGCGCCCCAUCCACCGUCGACGGUCUUCUGGAGCAGCUCUUCUGGCUCGAGCAUGCAGCGGCAUCCGGUUACGGUGACGUCAGCAACGGCGAAGCCGCCCCUACGGCUAGCCUCAAAGAGUCCACGGGCUAG